CCGUGCUUGACAAGUGCACUUUGAUUUCGAUAACUAUGAGCCUCGUCUCGUUUGGAGCCGAUCUCGCCUGACCGCUAGUCUGAGAGAUGGCAGGGACCAUUCUUUGCAGCUAUGCCUGUGACCGUCGAUAUAAAAACACAAUCUUUUCAGUCUUCAAAACGAUCUUAGGCGUCGGCCUAAACUGGAAUAUUGUUCCCAACUAUCACCAAUCAUCUAUCAGAAGCACUUGGUCAUACGGACUGCGAGAAGCCACUCCUGUUCAUGUGUAGGGCAUCAGGUCAGUAAACCUUUGUCAGGCAUGCGAUAUACCCAUUACAAGACCCAGGCCAUCGCUGAUCUUCGCUUCUCACUCGACGACGUGAUGGGGGAUCCCCGAGGACA